AUGGCGUCUGCCCGUGAUGGGUGCGCGAGCUCCCGUCUGGCGCGCCGAGACCUCCCGGCUCGGCCACCGCGGGACGGUUACGGAGUCUACGUUUACCCGAAUUCUUUCUUUCGAUAUGAAGGAGAAUGGAGAGGAAGCAGGAAACAUGGUCAGGGCAAACUUCUGCUUAAAGACGGGAGUUAUUACGAAGGCGAGUUUGUAGACGGAGAGAUCACGGGAGAGGCCUGCCGGCACCGGGCCCUGACAGGGAACACCCACACCAGACAGUUUGUUUUGGGAGAACCCCAAGGACAUGGUGUCAUGAAGUACAAAGCCGGCGGACGUUACGAAGGGGAGCCCUUCCGCGGCCUGAGAGAAGGACAGGGGCACCUAGUGGACGCAGAUGGACCAGUGUCCUGGGGGUCGUUUCACGACAGCAAGCGGCACGGCCAAGGGCGGGUGGUCUUCCAGAACGGAGAUGAGUACGAGGGCGACUGGGUCCAGGACCAGCGCCAGGGCCACGGGACGCUGCGCCGUGCGGACGGCUCCAUCUAUGAGGGUCGUUGGACGGUGGCACACGGUGACGUGUUCAGUGGACAGGGCCACGUGGCCCACUGCUCCGGGGGCGUCUCCCGAGGGGUGUGGACCAACGGUCACCCCAUGGCACGAGCCACAGGGAUCGUGAUUCGGGGUCCGGACGUGGUGGACGUGGCCCAGGGAUCUUCCUUCACGUUGACCGUUCAGCUGCAGCGGGACGAUGGGGAAGCUGCCGCGAGAGAGGACCGCCGGGUGGUGGAGAUCUCCACGGGCAUCCGAUACGUGCGGCUCCCGGCCUACUCGGGGGUCAGCUUUUUCAAAGUGGACGAUGAGCCCAGCCCUGUCCUUCCGCCCCACAGCGGGUUCCAGUGCCUCUCCUACCCUCUGUCCGGCCCCAAGUCCAGGGGCCUGGAGCCCAGAGCUGCUCUGGAAAGUGCCGGCGCCAACGCCCCGCUCCCCGAGGGAGACCCCCGCGACCUGCCCGCCGAGUGGGGUUAACCAGGGGGUCAGCGGUGGGCAGCACAAGCUCAGGGGUGCAUGGGGUGACAGCGGUGCCCCCGAACCUGGGCAGGAGGAAGUGGAGUUGAUCCCUGAGAACGGUGGACCUGGGAGACACGGGACGUCCCGGGAAGACAUCCCAGACAGCUCCGAGGGGCGGUCACCGUGGCGAUGG